CAGGCCCGCGCAGUGGGUUUUCUGAAGGCUGCGGCACGAGCCGCAUGCCAACACCGGCGGUGACCUCGUGCGACCCUAUUAAUACUACAAACGACUUGGACGGAACAUAGUAGCCACGGAUCAAUCAUGAAGCUGAUUUGCGCGUGCCUCUGCCUCUCGGUCGCGGCGGGAUUGGCCCGGGCCGCCCCGGCCAACGGUUUCGUGUUCCCAGACGAGCGGCGGGAAAGAAAGUUGGAGCCUAUCAUCACACCACCGGUUUUACCGGUUCUGGAACAUUUAGAACGAGAUCCCACUACAUUGGGAAUAAGUGAUAGAGCGAAUCAAGUGAAACCGAAGUUCGGGGGAGGUUUUAACGUGAGGCCGACAGGGAAUGGAGGGCUAUCAGCUAGUAUUAGCAGCAGUGCUAGUGGUGCUGGGUUGAGUCAUUCAGCCUCACAGUCAUUUUCAUUUGGAUUUAAUGAAGGUUUCAGUACUUCCCACUCUGCCAGCCAGUCUUCAUCGUUUAAUGGAUUUGGAAGCGGAUUCAGCGGUAGCCAAGCGAGCAGCCAAGCUGCCUCCUUCAGCGGCGCGGGCGCUUCAGUUUCCGGCGCAUCAUCCUCUGCGGCUUCCCUAGGAGGCUUCGGGGGUGGCAGUCAAAGCGCUUCAUCUGCUUUUGGAUUUAACUCAUUAAAUGGCUUCCAGUCAGAGCCUACCUUCGGUGAAGGUCUCUUCGACAUCCGACAGCGAGGGCCACCCCUCCUCACCUUCCAAGACUUUAUUGGUGGACGAGGAGCCAGCGCUGCUGCAUUCAAAACGAAACCCGGCCCGAAAAGAAACAGAGACGACUUCCUCGCUGUAUUAGUAUCUAAUUAGCAUUAUAACAAUCCUAUAGAACAAUUUAUUGAUAAAGUAACAUAAUUUAAAGGUAUAACCUGUAAGGAUACCUAAUAGCUAAGCAAGCCACACAAUUCUACAGAUUUAGCCAAAAAAUAUUUAUUUCAAUUGCAUUUGGAACAAAGACUAUAGUUAAAUUAGAGCUCGUAUAAAAUGAUAUGUAAUGCGAAACUGGUAAUCAAGUGCUAAUCGAUGCUAAAACGACUUACAAUUCCUUAUUCUUAGGACGUACGUCUCUGACUUUAGCGUCAUCUUAGCAUGACAAAAAAAAACAGUGGGCAAAUAUGCUAGAAGACAUAAACAUAUUACAUAAGCAAUGCUUUCUUUUGUUUUCCAAAACAAUAAGUCUAGACGCAAACUGUCCCAACAAGGUUGCAAUUUAUUUGGAAUGCUAUGACGUCAUUAACUGUAAUAUUAUAUGGGACAAUGUAACAUUUUCCUGUGAUGAUGCAGAGCGAUAUACCAAGUAAAUAUUUAUAAUACUCAGAAUAUGUUUAGAUAUUCAUAGUUAAAUCAUAUAAAAGAUAUAGGAGAUUUUGUUCAGUUUUUACAAACCAAAUAAAAUUCUGUAUGAUCUUUGUAAAACUAAAGAAUUGCUGUAUUUUUUUGUUUAGGUGACUUAUAUUUCUCUUUAUAAAAAUUGUAUCCAAUAUGAAAUAAUUCACGUUUAGUUUUAAGAAAGUUUAGAAAAUAUACAAUCAAAUAAUUCUUGUAUAUUUUCUCUACUUCAAUAUCUAGUUGAUGAACGAGAGCAUGAUUUUUAAUACAAAUCAAUGAAUUAAUUGUUUACCUACUUGUCGUGUGUGAUGACUGAAAAUUUAUUUAUUAAAUAAAUAAUGUAGUGUAGAAUAAACAUAAUAAAAAUAUUAUCAGAAA